AUGAUUUCAGGGUUAUUUGAAGCUGUUAGCAGAUUGGUUACUAGGAAGGCAAUAUAUGCGACCUCAACCCCACCAAAAUUGAAGUCAUAUGCACCGGCUGCCGAUUUUGGUUACACUCAAGAUGCCAAGCCACCAAAGAAAGUGAGGGCUGACUUCCUGCCGGUCUACGUAGCAAAGGGCACGAUAACGCUGUCAACCACCCUAGGGCUUCACACCGCAUUGCAGCAGCUGAAGAACUCGCCACAAGUGCGAGAGACCAAGAAGCUAAGAGAGACUCUACCGGAAGUGGAGGAGCCUGAUCGCGUGCUGGAUGAAGCUGAUAGGUUCACCAAGCAGUCAUUUUUCAGGAUAAUUGCCCACGUUCAGGAAAAUAAUGAUGACUAUGCCAUUCAUGACACUACACGCGGUGAUAUUUUCGCUCACAGGCCUAUGCCUCGGCCUGAAACUCUUAAACCAAUUGGUGAUAAUCCCACAUUUCGUGUCCUAGAUGACAGUAAUGAUUUUGGUUCAAUAUUCACUUUAUUGAGUCAUCUAUUCUUCUUUUCCCGGAAAGAUACAGAUUGCAAAAUGACAGGUGAAGGUCUUUUCCCUCAAUUGGCAGUCAGGCAUGGAUUCCAUGUGUACAGUGAGAGGUAUAUAUACAGCUCUAGUGGUCUCACUUUUAGCUUCUAG